GAGUGUGAGCCUCUGUGUGUGUUGGGGGAGAUGCAGAGUGAAAAUGUGGGUAGUUGGAGUUUAUUAAGUCCCUUUUAUGUGCAAGUACAUGUAUGUGCACAUGUCAGAGGCAGAGAGAUAAAUAUGUAUGUGUGAUCAUGCAGUCUAUAUAUGUUCAUGCAGUUCUUCACUAGGUAACAGUGGUGACAGGCACGGAUGUUAAUAGAUCCCACUGCUCUCUCUGGGACCUUAAUGAUGAUGAUGAUGAUGAUGAUGCACUGCUUGCAGUUCUCUCCAGUGAGAGAGGGAAAGGAGUUGAGUCCAUUGGCUGCAGAUCUGGUCACAAGGAACCACUCUCAUUCUCCUGCGCUCUUACUGACACUCAUAUUUCACUCGCUUUGACGAAAGGGAAAGGAGUUUGCAGUGAGUUGAGUGAAACCUGAGUAUUGUGUUGUUAGCAGUGGAAGAUAAAGCCACACAUUUCAUCCAACAGUAAGUCUGAUCAUGUCUACACCAGCCAAGAGAAGCCAGUGGAAAGAGGAGCUAUUUCCCAGGAACCAUAGACUUCCUAAGAAAGUACUGCUGAACUGCUGUCUGGUGAGACGUAUCAUCUCCUGGGUCCAGCCUGUAAAAAAAGACAGUACCGAGGAUGAGUUGGAGCUGUCAGCCGUGCGCCAUCGGCCCGAAGGCCUGGAGCAGCUGGAGGCUCAGACCCGAUUUUCUCGCAAAGAGCUACAGAUUCUCUACCGCGGCUUCAAAAACGAAUGUCCAAGUGGUGUGGUCAAUGAAGACACAUUUAAGGACAUUUACGCACAGUUCUUUCCACAAGGAGAUGCAUCCACAUAUGCACAUUUUCUUUUCAACGCAUUUGACACAGACCACAACGGUGCAGUGAGUUUUGAAGAUUUUGUUAUGGGCCUGUCUAUAUUGCUCCGAGGCACGGUUCAGGAGAAACUCAACUGGGCAUUUAACCUGUAUGAUAUUAACAAAGAUGGAUAUAUAACAAAAGAGGAAAUGUUAGAUAUCAUGAAAGCCAUUUAUGACAUGAUGGGCAAGUGGACGUAUCCUAUUCUUAAAGAGGAAACUCCAAGACAACACGUGGAGAUAUUUUUCCAGAAAAUGGACAAAAAUAAGGACGGUGUGGUCACCAUAGACGAGUUUAUAGACUGCUGCGAAAAUGAUGAAAACAUCAUGAGAUCGAUGCAGCUUUUUGAAAAUGUCAUUUAAAAGCCGAGUGGACGUCAUACCUCCGGUGGCUAGUCGACUCAUGCAAGCACCUUUCUGCUCCACAUGUGCCGAUAUCAUUAAGAGAAAUGUAUUUGAAUGGAAGGCAAACCCAAGAAACCCAGAAAAAAACAACACCUUUUUGAGUUCAAGCUACAUUUCUGUUCAUUUCAUUACAGCUCUUGUUUAGAAGUCAUCAUUUUAAUUAACAGCAGUUGCCAUUUGAAAGGUUUUUGUGCAUGGAGUAUAAUGAACUCACCUAUAUAGGAGGAUAUGCUGGGAUGGAUUACUUUUAAUCUUUCAGCCAUGUUCCAUUAAAUGUUAGCAGUAAUAGUUUAACAAAAUGAAAAUAUCGUUUUCAUUACCUCUAACAGCAGUAGCAUUUAUUUCUGCCCAUAAUGUUCUGAGAAAGACUGGGAACAUUAGCAACAGUCAGUUUUAACUAUGUACUGCGGAGAGCAUGUUUUAUACACAGUGCAUGUGGAAUCAGUUACAGGAUGUACUGUAAAUCUGCAAAUAAGAUCCCCAACAGAUAUCUUCAUCCUUAAUUUAGUUGUUAUAUUUUGUCAAAAGCAUUUAAACUUUUUUCCAAAUGCACAGACAUUUUGAUUACAGAUAGUUCUUAAGAGUUUUAGUCCAAAGUCAGAUAUCUAGAAAUCUUUUUUCAUAUGAUAAAUCCAUUUUUUUCUAUUUUAAGUGUAUAUGAAAUAACUGAAUAUCGAAAUAAUCGAAUAAUAACUGAAUUUGCCAACUGCAUCAUAGAGUCAUAGCAAAUAUACUCACUUAAGUCAAUAUUUUUAGAUUUACGUCUUGAGAAACUACAGUACUGUUCUUAAAACAAUGGUAUUGCAGAUUGUUUUUAUUUACUAAGACUCUAAAAUUGUAGCAGGUAUAGACUGUUUCACAGUAUUUGAUUUGAUUCAUGAUUGUGUGUGUGUGUGUGUGUGUGUGUGUGUGUGUGUGUGUGUGUGUGUGUGUGUGUGUGUGUGUGUGUGUGUGUGUGUGUGUGUGUGUGCGC